AUGGCUUUCCCAAUACCUUCACACUUGCCUCGCGUCGGGAUCCCUCAGGAUAUAUCUUCGCGGAUCCUGUCCAAAGUUGGUUCCGCUUCGUCAAAGGAGCUGACAGCAGAGCGAGCGUCAUCGUGGGUAGCAGAAUUAGAUGAUUCCAUCUCCCAAACCAAGGCUAAGAUUCAUGAACGCGUGCAAGUUGACCUACCGUCAUUCGACCGUCAACUUACUUCAGCGAAGUCUGUGCAAGACAGACUUACAGUUCUCACACACGGUAUCGACGAACUUGACGCAGCUGCAGGCCUUGUUCCCACUCUUCUUCGUGCGCUUGAGGCCCAUUCGACCCUCGCCCAGCAAGCUCUCGACUCUGAAGUCACAUAUGAGGCCCUAGAGCAUCUUCUUCGAUGCAGACAGGAGUUUGACGCCCUUGAUGGCUUGGUUUACGAAGGAAAGUUGCCUGAGGCCGUGGAUGCCUGUCGGGAUAUCGAACGAUUACUCGGGCAUGCCCCUACGGCCCUUGCAAAUAGUGACGCUAUGGUGCAACUCAAGGGCAAGUUCCGCGCUGUUAAGGACAGAACGGAAGAGCAACUCAGUGAUGCUUGUUCCCGAGGAAUCGUUAUAUCCCCUCAUGAAAUCAAAAUUCGCCCGCACGUACAAGUCCGCCAAUCGCAAACAACCCUCCCACUUUCAUCCAUCCUCAGUGCUUUCGCUCAACUAUCACCUUCCUCACUCUCUCAACGGUUAAACACCAUUCGCCGUGACCUAACUACGCACUAUAUCACAUACAUCGCCACGCAGCCCUCCUCCCUCUCCGUGACAUCUUCUAAUGAUUUCACCACCAAUACGGAAUCGCAAACAUUAUCCAUAUUUCCGUCUCCGCCUAACACGGAAGAUCGCUCGAUUCGCCUCCAAAACAUAUCUCGACUCUUCGAUUUCUUAUCCGACCACCUUUUCCCUCUGGUUUCUUCCUCGGCAACUCAAACACCGGAAAUGACGACCUUUCUCCCCUCUCUCGCAAAACCCCUCUCUCAAGCUCUUUUGCACAGUUUCCUCAUCCCUCUGCUACCGUCAUCACUUCAAACUUUACCCCAAUUUUUGGUUUUGGUGAGGAUGGCGAUUGAUAUGGAAGAGAUAUACGUAGUGAAGAUGUUAGGGACGGACGAGAGGGACAGAGAGGUGUUGACUUGGGCGAAAGGCGUGGCAGGACAUUGGGAGAGGAAAAGGAGAGCAGAGGUGCUUGAGGUGGCGAGGGCUAUCAUCCUUACGGAGGAGGAAGGCGGUAGGGUCAGUGUUGAGCUGGAGGUUGAAGUUGACGUUGUCCCUGUUGGAUCAGGAAAGAGUAACGAUCUGGCCACGAAUCUGGAGGCAGAGGUGGACGCUGGAGAAGAAGAUGACGCUUGGGGUCUUGAGGGAGAACAAGCUCACGACGAGCCAGAGGAAAUGAAUGAUGGAGGUGAGGGCGGUGAUGGUUGGGGAUUGGACGAGGAUGAAUCAGCGGAGCCGGAACAGACACCUGUCGCUUCACCUCUACCUCCUCCAAGGGAGGUUGAUGACACUGAGGAUGCUGGGGAUGCAUGGGGCUGGAAUGACGAUGAGGAAGAGCUCGCUGGGGCCGAUGAAACUCUUUCAGCUUCCACCGAGCACAAAACAAAUGGUAAUGGUUAUCACAACGGUGAUGUGCCCCGCGAACAGCCCUCUGCUGAACCAGAACCAGACGCCGAUCCUUGGGACGAUGAUCCUUGGGCUGAGUCCAUAUCCUCACCAUCCUCACCUAUCGCACCUAUAUCUGCUCCACCGCCACCGCCACACGUACCGGCUCCCAUCUCAAUAGUACCUGUGAAACGCGCGACACGAUUGGAAAAGCUAGCCAAUAAGGCCAAGGGUAGUCACCAGACAAAUCCGAGUCAAUCGUCGAACGGCUCAGAACCACCUCCACAGACACCGUCCAGUGUGGCUUCCGCUGCCUUCGUCCCCGCGCCACCGUCCACUCCCGUGAAGUCAACGCGCAAAGUCGAGACGAACAGGCCUAAGAAAAUAUCGGUACCUGUCAAGAGUCCGUCAGCCCCCGAGGUCCAGGUCGUAGUGCCACAGAAGGAGAAGGAGACGUAUAUGAUUUCUGCGCGUGCUCGGUCUCUCGCGACCACAGCUCAGUCCAUCUUGUCUGAAGGGCAUCUCUUCUCCAUUUCCGACCUAUUCGAUGCGGACCCGCUUUCGGGACUGUUUUGCUCGGAAGAUAGGCGGAAGAGGGGUGCGGUGCUUGGACAGAGCGCGCCGAGCAUGUUGGAUUUGUGGCGUGCAUUGUAUCCUGUGAGAUUCAAGAAGGAGUUAGAUGCGGGACGGGACAGGGGGAUGAUUUUUGCCAACGACUGUGCGUAUUUGGGGUCGUGCGCGAAGAGACUUUUCAAAGAAGGCGGGAAGGGUGAUGAGUUUGAGAGGGAGAAGUUGAUGGAGGCAGCGGAGAGGUUGACAGUACUUGGGGAUAGCUGGUUUGAGGAUACGGUUGAACGACAAAGACAGACUGUUGCGGACGGUUUGGCCGAGGCAGAUGGAUUUGUCGAGACUGGAGACCAAGAACGAUUUGACGAGUGCGAAACUGCGGUGACCAGCGUGAUGGGCCUCAUACGUAGUGUUGCCAGGACGUGGAAGACCGUUUUGAACAAGACAAAGUAUUUCAAGGCAACUGGCGCUCUCGUCGACGCUGCAUUGUCCCAUAUGUUAGCCGACAUAUCGGCCUUGCCAGAUAUCACGGAGGUAGAGAGUCAUAGGUUGAGUGAGCUCUGUCGAAUCUUGAACGCGCUCGAGGGAUUAUUUAUAGUGGAAGCAGAAGAGCCUUCGCUCGUCGUGGCCUACGUCCCUUCCUGGCUGAAAUUCUCAUACCUCUCCGAGCUACUUGAAGCUUCUCUAGCAGACGUCGGCUACCUUUUCGACGAGGGCGCUUUGGUGGACUUUGAGAUCGAAGAGUUGGUGCGAUUAGUCAAGGCGCUUUUUGCGGAUACACCACAACGGACUAGUUUAAUUUCGAAGUUGAUGGCUGGACAUCCACAGCCUACUUCAUAA